ACCUGGCCGAGGGAGGACGCCGUCACAUCGUCACGCCGUCACACCGCCACACCGUCACGCCCGUUCGCCUUGCGAUCCGACUCGCACCGCCGUGACUGCCAGUGCGCCGCCACUGCACUGCCGACUGGGCGACUCCAUGGACCGGCUCGCCGCCCUGCAGGCCCUGCUGGCCCUGGCCGCCGUGCUGUCCUGCGCGGCCCUCGCCUCGGCCUGCGGCUUCCAGGGCCAAGGGUGCGCCUCGGCUGCGUCGGGGCAAGCGGGGCCAGCGGGCCGCAGGGAGCGCAGGGACAUCGUCUUCCCCGGCGAGCACGUGCACGACGUGCACGACUUCGACCCCAUCACCCGAUACUUAACGCCCCAGCAGAUUGACCAGCUCAAUAACUUGGACUCCCUCGAUGACGUGGUGAGAUCGUUCCCAAAUGGAAGUUAUGAUGUCGAGCCUCCAAUUGUGAGCGCCAGAAUUCUGCCCCAACUUUCAAGUAGAAAAGGGGGAGGACCCGCAGGAGAAGCUAGAAGUGAGUACCCAACCAGAUCUCGAGCAAUGAAUCGUAAAAUUUUAAUAGGACAUCGAGCAGGUACCCAUCAGCGACUGAGUUCUGACAGUGAGUACACUGCUGUGAAGCAGCCAGUUGCAGCCAAGUGUCGACCAACAUUGCAACCCGUUGCACUGAAGAAACCAGAUGACCUCUCAAUAAUGUAUUGGCCUUAUUGCAUCCAGCUUGAGAGAUGUGGAGGCUGUUGCAUCAAUGACCGCCAGCAAUCUUGUCAGCCCACUAAAACUGAGAUGGUUACAUAUCGAAUCACAAAAUUCAUAAUUAAUGGAAUGAUUAAAAAUGGUACAGAUCUAUUGCAUCUGGAACGACAUGUGGAAUGCAAAUGUAGAUGCAUUGUAAAAGCUGAGGACUGCAAUGCACUGCAAGAAUACAGCCCCAAUGAGUGUCGUUGCAACUGUGGCAAUGCAGAUGAAAAACGGAAAUGCCUAUCAGAACCAAACAAGCUCUGGGACUACAAUGACUGUAAAUGUAGAUGCAGGGAAUAUCCUGCAGAGGGAUGCACAACAGGCCUCUACUUCGACCCAAACACUUGCACUUGCACAGCAAUACCGGAUGCACGAAGACGUUACACAGACAAUACUUACAAGUUAGAAACGAGAAGGCGCCGUUGGCAAAACAAAACAUCAAAUGCCUUCACCCUCCAAUAAUAUCACCACCUUUUUAAAAAAAGGGAGACCAAAAUAUUUGAGGAGAAGAUUUCUCCCAGUGCCUCUAGUUAGCGAGUUGUCAGGAUAGGAUGAUCUGAUCUAUUAGUUAUUUUCUGUGUAGUGCAUCUUAUAAUGCUGUAAGAUAAAAGUUUAGAAUUUGUUGAAAUGGUAUAUUGUCUUAUUUAUUCUUUUUAAUUAAGUGUAAAGUGGUUACGUGUUUUGAAGUAUUAGCAGUUUAGUUGUUAUCAAGAGGUAUUCCUAGUCGCGAAGAACUGUACUGAUAAAUUCAUAUUAUUAUUUAUUGUUUUCAUUUUUACCUGACUUUGCCCUCAUUUAUGUUCAUUACUGUUUAGAAGAAGAGCAGAGGAUAAAGAAAGAAGCAAGUACUUCUAUAGCCAUAUAAUCUUGUUGAUGUUAUCAUUUUACUACAUACUUGUUUACAAUCAAUGUCAUGGUUCCACUAGAGUGGACAAUUUUUCUCUAAGAGUUCAUUGAAUAGCUUGUAAUUAGAAUGAAAUAGAAUUAGAAAUAAAAGACUAUAGGGAAUUGAUGA